GGGGGCCAGGACUGCCUCCCUAAACAAGCAGGCGGGGGCACAUAUAGCCCUGGGUUGAGUUGUUGCCCUUACUCAUCUGGCCACAGCAGGAAGAAGAGGCGCCCGGAAAACCUUAGCUCUUGGCUAUCUCUUCCCUGAGCACACCCUGGCCCUGGGGCCUGAGAUCUCUCCAUGCAGGGGCAGCCAUGAGCUCCGGGGGCAGCAGCAAGGCUGGCCACACCACCCGUCAGCCACCUCCAACCCCGCCGCUCAACCAGCCAUCAGUCCCUUAACUGCCAGUGUUCGUGGACCAUGCAAAACAACCAAAUCAGUGUGCGUGUGACCACCAUGGAUGCAGAGCUGGAGUUUGCCAUCCAGCCCAACACCACCGGGAAGCAGCUAUUUGACCAGGUGGUGAAAACUAUUGGCUUGAGGGAAGUUUGGUUCUUUGGUCUGCAGUACCAGGACACUAAAGGUUUCUCCACCUGGCUGAAACUCAAUAAGAAGGUGACUGCCCAGGACGUGCGGAAGGAAAGCCCCCUGCUCUUUAAGUUCCGUGCCAAGUUCUACCCUGAGGAUGUGUCCGAGGAAUUGAUUCAGGACAUCACUCAGCGCCUGUUCUUUCUGCAAGUGAAAGAGGGCAUUCUCAAUGAUGAUAUUUACUGCCCGCCUGAGACCGCUGUGCUGCUGGCCUCGUAUGCUGUCCAGUCUAAGUAUGGCGACUUCAAUAAGGAAGUGCAUAAGUCUGGCUACCUGGCCGGAGACAAGUUGCUCCCGCAGAGAGUCCUGGAACAGCACAAACUCAACAAGGACCAGUGGGAGGAGCGGAUCCAGGUGUGGCAUGAGGAACACCGUGGCAUGCUCAGGGAGGAUGCUGUCCUGGAAUAUCUGAAGAUUGCUCAAGAUCUGGAGAUGUAUGGUGUGAACUACUUCAGCAUCAAGAACAAGAAAGGCUCAGAGCUGUGGCUGGGGGUGGAUGCCCUGGGUCUCAACAUCUAUGAGCAGAAUGACAGACUAACUCCCAAGAUAGGCUUCCCCUGGAGUGAAAUCAGGAACAUCUCUUUCAAUGAUAAGAAAUUUGUCAUCAAGCCCAUUGACAAAAAAGCCCCGGACUUCGUCUUCUAUGCUCCCCGGCUGCGGAUUAACAAGCGGAUCUUGGCCUUGUGCAUGGGGAACCAUGAACUAUACAUGCGCCGUCGCAAGCCUGACACCAUUGAGGUGCAGCAGAUGAAGGCACAGGCCCGGGAGGAGAAGCACCAGAAGCAGAUGGAGCGUGCUAUGCUGGAAAAUGAGAAGAAGAAGCGUGAAAUGGCAGAAAAGGAGAAAGAGAAGAUUGAACGGGAGAAGGAGGAGCUGAUGGAGAGGCUGAAGCAGAUUGAGGAACAGACUAAGAAGGCUCAGCAAGAACUGGAAGAACAGACCCGUAGGGCUCUGGAACUUGAGCAGGAACGGAAGCGUGCCCAGAGCGAGGCUGAAAAGCUGGCCAAGGAGCGUCAAGAAGCUGAAGAGGCCAAGGAGGCCUUGCUGCAGGCCUCCCGGGACCAGAAAAAGACUCAGGAACAGCUGGCCUUGGAAAUGGCAGAGCUGACAGCUCGAAUCUCCCAGCUGGAGAUGGCCCGACAGAAGAAGGAGAGUGAGGCUGUGGAGUGGCAGCAGAAGGCCCAGAUGGUACAGGAAGACUUGGAGAAGACCCGUGCUGAGCUGAAGACUGCCAUGAGUACACCUCAUGUGACAGAGCCUGCUGAGAAUGAGCAGGAUGAACAGGAUGAGAAUGGGGCAGAGGCUAGUGCUGACCUACGGGCUGAUGCUAUGGCCAAGGACCGCAGUGAGGAGGAACGUACCACUGAGGCAGAGAAGAAUGAGCGUGUGCAGAAGCACCUGAAGGCCCUCACUUCGGAGCUGGCCAAUGCCAGAGAUGAGUCCAAGAAGACUGCCAAUGACAUGAUCCAUGCUGAGAACAUGCGACUGGGCCGAGACAAAUACAAGACCCUGCGCCAGAUCCGGCAGGGCAACACCAAGCAGCGCAUUGACGAAUUUGAAUCUAUGUAAUGGGCACCCAGCCUCUAGGGACCCCUCCUCCCUUUUUCCUUGUCCCCACACUCCUACACCUAACUCACCUAACUCAUACUGUGCUGGAGCCACUAACUAGAGCAGCCCUGGAGUCAUGCCAAGCAUUUAAUGUAGCCAUGGGACCAAACCUAGCCCCUUAGCCCCCACCCACUUCCCUGGGCAAAUGAAUGGCUCACUAUGGUGCCAAUGGAACCUCCUUUCUCUUCUCUGUUCCAUUGAAUCUGUAUGGCUAGAAUAUCCUACUUCUCCAGCCUAGAGGUACUUUCCACUUGAUUUUGCAAAUGCCCUUACACUUACUGUUGUCCUAUGGGAGUCAAGUGUGGAGUAGGUUGGAAGCUAGCUCCCCUCCCCUCCCCUACCACUGUCUUCUUCAGGGUCCUGAGAUUUACACGGUUGGAGUGUUACACGGUCUAGGGAAUGAGACAGGACCUAGGAUAUCUUCUCCAGGAUGUCAACUGACCUAAAAUUUGUCCUCCCAUCCCGUUUAGAGUUAUUUAGGCUUUGUAAUGAUUGGGGGAUAAAAAGAUGUUCAGUCAUUUUUGUUUCUACCUCCCAGAUCGGAUCUGUUGCAAACUCAGCCUCAAUAAGCCUUGUCGUUGACUUUAGGGACUCAAUUUCUCCCCAGGGUGGAUGGGGGAAAUGGUGCCUUCAAGAGCUUCACCAAACAUACUAGAAGGCCAUUGGCCAUUCUAUUGUGGCAAGGCUGAGUAGAAGAUCCUACCCCAAUUCCUUAUAGGAGUAUAGGCCUGUCUAAAGUGAGCUCUAUGGGCAGAGCUACCCCUUACUUAUUAUUCCAGAUCUGCGGUCACUUCGUGGUAUCUGCCCCUCCCUGCUUCAAUACCCAAAUCCUCUCCAGCUAUAACAGUAGGGAUGAGUACCCAAAAAGCUCAGCCAGCCCCAUCAGGACUCUUGUGAAAAGAGAGGAUAUGUUCACACCUAGCGUCAGUAUUUUCCCUGCUAGGGGUUUUAGGUCUCUUCCCCUCUCAGAGCUACUUGGGCCAUAGCUCCUGCUCCACAGCCAUCCCGGCCUUGGCUUCUAGAGCUUGAUGCCAGUAGGCUCAACUAGGGAGUGAGUGCAAGAAGCUGAGUAUGGUGAGAGAAGCCUGUGCCCUGAUCCAAGUUUACUCAACCCUCUCACGUGACCAAAAUCCCCUUCUCAUCACUCCCCUCCAAAGAGGUGACUGGGCCCUGCCUCUGUUUGACAAACCUCUAACCCAGGUCUUGACACCAGCUGUUCUGUCCCUUGGAGCUGUAAACCAGAGAGCUGCUGGGGAUUCUGGCCUAGUCCCUUCCACACCCCCACCCCUUGCUCUCAACCCAGGAGCAUCCACCUCCUUCUCUGUCUCAUGUGUGCUCUUCUUCUUUCUACAGUAUUAUGUACUCUACUGAUAUCUAAAUAUUGAUUUCUGCCUUCCUUGCUAAUGCACCAUUAGAAGAUACUAGUCUUGGGGCAGGAUCAUUUUGGCCUCAUUCCUUUACCGCCCCCACACCUGGAAAGCAUAUACUAUAUUACAAAAUGACAUUUUGCCAAAAUUGUUAAUAUAAGAAGCUUUCAGUAUUAGUGAUGUCAUCUGUCACUAUAGGUCAUACAAUCCAUUCUUAAAGUACUUGUUAUUUGUUUUUAUUAUUACUGUUUGUCUUCUCCCCAGGGUUCAGUCCUCAAGGGGCCAUCCUGUCCCAUCAUGCAGUGCCCCUAGCUUAGAGCCUCCCUCAAUUCCCCCUGGCCACCACCCCCCACUCUGUGCCUGACCUUGAGGAGUCUUGUGUGCAUUGCUGUGAAUUAACUCACUUGGCGAUAUGUCCUAUAUUGGCUAAAUUCAAACUUAGAAUUGUGGGGCAAUCUAUUAAUAGCUGCCUUAAAGUCAGUAACUUACCCUUAGGGAGGCUGGGGAAAAAGGUUAGAUUUUGUAUUCAGGGGUUUUUUGUGUACUUUUUGGGUUUUUUAAAAAUUGUUUUUGGAGGGGUUUAUGCUCAAUCCAUGUUCUAUUUCAGUGCCAAUAAAAUUUAGGAAGACUUCA